CUGGUCCGGUCAGUGUUAUUAGUUAUACUGAGUUUUUGCCUCAUUUCUCUCGAGAACUAAAACUCUUCACGACCAUCCACAAACGGGCUUCUGUCGAUAUUUCUCAUUAAACGGUUAAGCUGUGACCCCGAAUUUACUCAGAAGAAACAUGGUUCACGAAUGUCUAAAGGAUAGCACAUCUGCAAGUUCGGAGGAACAGUUUGAUCCCUCGUUUAAAUUGGAUGAGUUUUCUCGAUAUGGACGACAGAUGUUGCUUCCUGAAAUAGGUUUUUCAGGACAAAAAGCUUUCAAACAAACAUCUGUUGUCGUUAUUGGAGCCGGUGGGCUUGGUUGUCCCGCGUUGCAGUAUUUGACUGCGGCAGGAAUUGGCCAUAUCGGAAUUGUUGAUGGUGAUGUAGUCGAUUCAAGCAAUUUACAUCGGCAAGUAAUUCAUUCAACGAGCAGAAAAGGAUUGCCUAAAGUCUAUUCUGCCAGGCAAUUUUGCCAAGACUUGAAUCCUAAUGUCAAAGUUACUUGCUUUUACGAAAAUGUUUCUGUUGAGAACAUUUUCGAUAUCAUUCGUAAUUUCGAUGUUGUCCUCGAUUGUACGGACAAUCAAAUGACUAGAUAUCUGUUGUCAGAUGCUUGUGUUCUGUCCGGUAAGCCUCUUGUUUCUGCUUCAGCUGUUCAACUUGAGGGCCAGUUGCUUGUAUACAACUUCGAGAAUGGACCCUGCUAUCGUUGCAUGUUUCCACAACCGACACCUGCCGCCAGCUUGAUGAGCUGUUCAAGUGCUGGCGUCUUUGGCCCCAUUGUCGGUGUUAUUGGCGUCAUGCAGGCUUUAGAGACAUUAAAACUUAUUCUGCGUAUUCACAAAGCUGGAGAUGUGGAACCUUUUCAGCCUACUAUGCUGCUCUUUAACGGCUUCAGAACGCCUCAAUGGAAAUCUGUUCGCAUCCGUGGCCGACAAGCUUCUUGUACUGCCUGUGGUCCGUCUGCUCGACUUUCGAAAGAGUUCAUGCAAAAGCAAGCAAACGAGUAUCUAAGCAUGUGUGGUGACAAUUCUGGAGCUACUUUAGAGCCAAUUGAAAGGAUAUCAGUACAUGAACUCACAGACAUUCUUGCGACGCGCAAGGAUGUUAUGUUACUAGACGUGAGACCCGCGGUACAAUAUGGAAUAUGCAGACUUCCUGUAUUCCGUAAUGUUCCUAUUGCAGAAUUGGACACAGUGAAAGAUGUCUCUGGUGAAAUUUGUGUCAUUUGCAGAACAGGCACAAGUUCACAAAAGGCUGUUCGCCUCUUAAAAAAAUUGAAUCCUGCCGCAAAAAUUUACGAUGUAAUCGGAGGUCUCUCUGCCUGGUCAAAGCAGAUUGACCCCAAGUUCCCUACUUAUUAAGUAUGCUCUUCCUUUUUUUGGUACUAUAUUGGUCAUUUGUUUUAAUAGUAUAUACAAUAAUAAAAAGACAGAAUGCACAAUUCACUAUUAAUGAAAAAUUGUAUAUGCAAGAACGGG